UGUCAUAAUCGUGGUGACAAUAAUAAUCAUUCGUGCGCGUUUCAGUCAGAAAAGCAUAAUUUUUUCGUGAUUCCGUCUGUCCGGAUUCAUUUUCGCUAGAAAAAUGGUGCUCUCUAAUGUGGUCCGCGUCGUUGGUCAACUAAAUUCGGUCGGUACGCGCUCCGGCCUGCUAGGGAUUCGUCAGCUCCGUCGGAAGUACACCUACCGAAGUGGCGCACUCAAACCGAUGCCCAAUGUCAUUCCGUUCGGUUUGUUCGGAGUGGUGCUCACGGUGAUUCCGGGACUGCUAAUCGGGGCCACCAUUAGCAAGAACAUGGCCAACUUCCUGGAAGAGAACGAUCUGUUCGUGCCCUCGGAUGACGAUGAUGAUGAUGACUAAGCAGGAUUGGAUUAUCCGGACACAAUCGUUCAGAAGAAGCUGCUUCUUUCUCCCCUUUGCUGUGUUCGUUUAUCGUCUUGAUUUUUCUACCUUGGUUUGUGGAUCGAUAUUUUUAGAAGCAGUGCGCCGCUGAUGAUUUUUAUGUACGGUAAUGUCAGGGGUUGAUAUUAUUUUUGCGUGCCAAAAUACAGUCUCCCCACAGCUAUGGAUCGUUUGCCGUUAUGAAUUAGUGCAAAAUUAUAAUUCCCGGUUUUCCUCGCCAGGAACUAGACGGUUUCAGAAGUAAAUGGGUAGUUCACGAUCCUGCGCCUGCAUUCACAACGUCAAAGAUUAUACUGGCCAAUAAAUGAAGAAAAUUGUAAAAAAAAGCAAUCGGUUGAAAAGAUAGAUAGGUCAAGAUUAAAAUUAGCAGAUCAUUCUUACAAGUAACGGAUGUAAGGGCUGCUGAUAUCCCUGGUGCUAUAUGUUUCAAAAUAUUCAUCAAUAUAAUAAAUUAAGUUUUACAAUUUUCUCGUUGAACCCCUAUGAGAUUUUUGGUCACAAUUCAAAUAAUAAUGUAUGUUUUUUGACCGCCGAUUCAUAACUGUGGGGUGUUUUGUUAUUCUCUCUCAAUUUUUUUUUGCGAACAGAUGGUAGAUUACAAAAUAAAAAAUGCAGUAGACAUUCGAUAACUGCAAGCAGUGGGACACUGAAUGAUAUUGAAUCUAUCAAACUUCAGAAACAUGUCGAUAUUAAUGAAAAUUUGUUAGCUAUGCGAAAACAUGUUACAGUUAUCGAACGCCUAUUUUAUGUUUUUUGUUCUAAUUCUCAACGAAGUACUAAGUUCGAAAACAAAAAUAGCACAAUAAAAAAGCAAAGCAUGUGCUUAAUAUUUUUUUUAUUUGUGAGUAUGUUAUUAUAAUUGUAUAUAUUGUUGCACUUAAACUUAUGAAUGAAAUCGGUGAACAAUUUACAGAUUUAGAUUAUUUUUUUUCAAUUUGCUAUUCGUCAUGGAUCAAACUAUAAUUUGACAAACAGGUUUAUUUACAGAACUUCCCAAAAGUUGCUUUUAAAAGUUAACCAGUUAAAAAAUAUGUCCAAUUGAAGUUUACACAAGUUACGUAGCAUACAACUAACCUAAGAAAUUGUUAUGAAUUUUAUUAACGCGCAUGACACAACCGUGAAUGAAUAAAACUUGGUAAACAAUCUAACCAGUAGCUGCUGACCGAGAAGUUGAAUUCGGUUGCAAAACACGAAUAACAUGUUUAAAUAAAUAUAAUUUCGAAAAAUUAAGUA